AUGACCAUGAGUUCAUACUUGAUCAAUUCGAAUUACAUCGAGCCGUCUUUCCCUCCCUGCGAAGAAUACGAAGAUAACUACAUCUCCGUAGCUUCAGACUACUACGAGCGACCAAAAGAAUCAGGCUUCUCCCAACACGAAGGGGCAACAUACCCGCGACCAAACUACCAAGACCCGGGCUAUGAUUAUGGUAACGUCUCAAGCAACAGCCUCGUCGAUUUCAACGAUCGGCUUCACAUACAACCUCGGGCUGUUCCACAAAAUCACGGGCCCCACCUGGGUACCGAAGGCUGCGCAACGACGACAAGCAAGGAUUGUAGCCUCGCCACUGAAGCUCACUGUGACCCCAAGAAGGGAAAGGAGCCGGUAGUGUAUCCUUGGAUGAAAAAAGUCCACGUUAAUUCGAUGACCGCGAACUACGCUGGAGGAGUGCCUAAGAGGUCUCGCACCGCCUACACUCGCCAGCAAGCUCUUGAGCUCGAGAAGGAGUUUCACUUUAACCGGUACCUGACCCGCCGUCGGCGCGUGGAGAUAGCGCAUACCAUGUGUCUGUCAGAGCGACAGGUAAAAAUCUGGUUCCAGAACCGCCGCAUGAAGUGGAAGAAAGACCACAAACUGCCCAAUACGAAGAUCCGUUCUAGCAGCUCUUCUUCCUCCAACCACCAAGUGAAAACGGACGCAGGACAGCAGCAACAGACACUACUUCCCACUCCAUGUUCAUUAAGUCUAUAGAUGUGGAAGAACAUUAGAACUGAGCAAGGAGAGAGAAUACAGGGCAGUAUUCGGACUAACCUCACAGUGUUACUUUAUAAUGUUGAAGGAGGGGAGUGCUUCAGUCUGCCUCCCAUUCAAAUUGAUCCAUUUGUCACCUCGCUUUACUCGGACGUUUUGAACUGGAGAAUCAACCCAUCUAACGGGUAGCUCGCUUCUUUUUUUUUCUUUUCUGGCAUCAUGAAAGAGUUUAACAUGGCAUCUUUGCUGUCGAUAUUAGAUCAUGUCCUCCAGUACGAAUAGGAAGCAUGAAUCUUAUAUUUGGACCUGAAUUAUCUUCAUGGAGAUGGGCUGUGAUACGUGUACAAAAAGAAGUAAAGCACAAAUGUCGGAAUAAUCUCAUUCUAAGAAGAAUUCGUAAACGUAGUCUUUGUUAGUUCCAUGUACAGUAUAUGUGUGUGGUGUGUUUGAUGUCAUUCA